CGCGAUCGUGAUGUAAAGCAGGACCUCGAGAUGGCCUGGAGCGACAAGCACGAGGCAGACAUGCUGGAUACUGAGGGUGGCCACCUAAAGCCCACCUCCACCAAUAAACAACACUAUCCUGGCGAGGCACGUGCCUACCCACAGGCCGCACAGUCUACGGUUGAGUCCUGGACUCAGCAUCCACAUGACAUUAUUCUGCGAGCGGAGCACGAGCGUAUGGCCAGUGAGCAGUUGCUGCAUCUCGCCUGCAACAUCAUUAACGAUGUCACGCGUGAUGUUAUUCACCAGAAGGAUAUCGACCUGUCUCGACCCAAAACCCCUAGCUCAGACGGAAAGCCAAAUCCUGAAUUUCUUAACUACGGUCCUAAACGUAAAACCUCAAGCUCUAGCCUACCAAACCUAAAUCUAACUCUUUAG